AUGGGGCAGUUCAAAUCCAAACGUGGUGGGUUGGACCCGGGCAUUGUCCCCAAUGUCCGCAUCUCAACCAAUGGUGAAGGACCCAGGUACUCUUCACAUGGUAUUCCUUCAACCAUCAUCAUCUCGGAUGUCGAGUCAAGUGCAUCAGACGGUGGUUCGAAGGCGGAGCUGCAGAGAUUUUCCAUCUACAGCACGUUAGACAAGGUGCCACAACAGGGGCAUUAUGCCAACACACUGCCGCAAAAGCAGCUGAGGAGCCGACCAUCUCUUGAGGCUCUCCGCAGGGCAUUUAAGGAGGCGGAGGCGGGAGUAGAGGUCCCCACCACAAACUCAGGAGUUAGCAGUCUGCCAGACAGUGAAAUUGAAGAGUCAAAAGCUCCACCAAAGAAUGCUCCUGUUAGAUUUGGCUGGAUUCUUGGAGUCCUGAUACGUACCAUGCUGAAUAUUUGGGGAGUCAUCCUGUUUCUCCGCCUAACGUUGAUCACUUCUCAGGCAGGCAUUGUGUUGACCUGGGUUAUUAUCCUGAUAUCUGUUGCGAUUACCACAGUAACUGGCCUCUCCAUCUCUGCCAUCGCCACCAACGGGAAGGUGCUCGCAGGUGGGCCGUAUUUCCUGGUCUCCCGCUCUCUGGGUCCUGAAGUUGGUGCCCCAAUUGGGUUGAUCCUUUCCUUCGCCAACGCUCAGGCCUCUGCGCUCAAUGCCGUUGGCUUUGCAGAGGUGGUCGUGACUCUGAUGAAGGAUUCUGGUAUUGUCAUUGUCGAUUACUUGAAUAACGUCCGUCUUGUGGGCGUGCUCACAAUAGUGGUUCUUCUGCUCAUCUCAUUGGCUGGAAUGGAGUGGGAGACCAAGGCCCAGAUUGUAUUCUUUGUAUGUCUCAUGGCCUCGUUUAUCAGCUUCAUUGUGGGAACCAUCAUUCCGCCCACUCAAGAGAAACAGGCCCAAGGCAUCUUUGGAUACAAGAGUGAGAUCUUUAUAGCAAACCUGGCACCAAAUUGGAGUGGACCUGAUGGCAACUUUUUCCAGAUGUUUGGCCUUUUCUUCCCCGCUGUCUCUGGCAUCCUGUAUGGAGUCAGCAUCUGUGGAGACCUCAAAGACCCUAAUAAUGCUGUCCCUAAAGGCACCUUGCAUGCCAUUUUCUGGACUACACUCUCCUAUCUAGUUAUUUCCAUAACUUCUGCAUCGUGUGUGGUGCAGAACGCCUCUGGUAAUAUAAGUGACUUUAUGACUGGAAACACCACUGGUGUCUGUCUGGGUCAGGGAUGUCAGUUCGGCUGGAACUUCACAGAAUGCAUCGUGUCACAGUCUUGUCAAGAUGGCCUGGCCAACACUCAAAAGGUAAUGGGCCAACUAUCAGGUUGGUACUACCUCAUCAUUAUUGGUGCCUUUGCAGCCACCUUGUCGUCUGCUCUUGGCUACCUCGUCUCUGCUCCUAAAAUCUUUCAGUGUUUGUGCAGAGACAAUAUAUACCCAUACAUUGGAAUCUUUGCCAAGGGCUAUGGGAAAAAUGAUGAGCCACUCCGGGCCUAUGUGCUCUCCUUCAUCAUUGCUGUGGCCUUCACUCUCAUUGGUAACCUGGACACCAUUGCAAUCUUGAACUCGAGCUUAUUCAUGUGUGUCUACACCCUCAUCAACUUUAGUUGCUUUCACGCUUCAUUCACAAACGCUCCAGGUUGGAGGCCGCAGUUUAUUUACUACAAUAAAUGGGUAUCUUUUGUUGGAGCAUUGGUCUCUUUCAUACUGAUGUUCCUAUUUAGCUGGUGGGCUGGUCUCAUCACUUUGAUCGUCUACAUCCUCCUGUAUCUAUACAUCUACUACAAAAAGCCAAAUGUGAACUGGGGUUCAUCAAUCCAGGCAGGUUCAUACAACAUGGCUUUGUCAGCCUCUGUCGCUCUAUCUGGUGUAGAGGAUCAUGUCAAAAAUUUUAGACCGCAAUGUCUGGUCCUAACUGGGCCACCAACUCAGCGACCAGCCCUGGUGGACUUUGUUGACUCCUUUACCAAACACGCAAGCCUCAUGAUCUGUGGCGACAUAAUUAUGGACCAGGACAGACAGACUCAGCCACAGGAUGCCACAGAUCGGUUGGUAAAUUGGAUGAACAAGAGGAAGGUGCGCUCCUUUUAUUCUCCUUUCACUGCUGACAGCCUCAGAGUUGGAGCUCGACAUUUGCUACAGGCUUCUGGUCUUGGCAAGCUGAAGCCCAACACUCUGGUCCUGGGCUUCAAGUCAAACUGGAGGGACAGUUCUCCUGAAAGCAUUGAUGAUUAUAUCAACACCAUAACCGAUACCUUCGACUACAAAUACGGUCUAUGUAUCUUGAGGAUGAUGGAAGGAUUGGAUACCUCUGACGAGUUUGAUUUUGAAGUAAACCAGGGUUUUCAGCCUGAUGAAUCUGUUGAAAAAGAGGACCAGCAAUCUUCUGAGGGUGAACCCGUUCCAGCUGACAAUUUGACCAAUGAAGGCGAUAGUGGUGAGAUGGAGACAGUGUUUCAGGAUGACCAGGGGAAGAAGACCAUUGACAUCUACUGGAUAGCAGAUGAUGGAGGUCUGACUCUGCUGGUGCCUUACCUGCUCACCAGGAGGAAACGCUGGAGCCGCUGUAAGGUCAGAGUCUUCAUCGUAGGAGAGGAACAAAACAUGGAGAAAAGCCGUAACGAGAUGCUUGCUCUUCUGAAACGGUUUCGUUUGGAUUUUAACAACGUUACAGUCAUGACGGACUGCGAGAAGCAUCCACAGGCCAAGAACCUUGAUAGGUUUGUGGACACUGUCGCCCCGUUCAGGCUAUAUGAUGAACCGCAGGAAGGUGUCUCAGUCUCUCAAAACGCCCCAUGGAAAAUAUCAGACAGAGAGUUUGAGGCCUUCAAACUUAAGUCUGUGGCAAAAGUGAGACUGAAUGAAAUCAUCCGGAGGAAUUCAAAACGGGCUGCUCUCGUGGUUGUGAGCCUUCCUGUGCCACACAGCGACUGCACUAGUGCUCUGUACAUGGCCUGGUUGGAUACUCUGACCUGUGGCCUCCACUGCCCUGUGGUGCUGAUACGAGGAAACCAGGAGGAUGUGCUCACUUUCUACUGCCAGUGAAUGAAUAAAUGGUCUUACAGGGAUGGACACUAAAUUAAGCCACAGAAACCUAACAGUAAAGGGUUAAAAAGUAUUAUUAAAUAAUAUUAACUAUAACUAAUAUUUGAACAUAAAGAAAAUGAGCGGAAUUUACAGAGUAACAGCAAAAAAACACCGGCUUGUAGCAUCCAUGUCGGCCUGCGCGGUCUAGCAAUCAUUUCGGCGUCUACUAUAUUUCUUGCGUGUAAAAAUGAAACACUACGUUCAUGGUGAUUUUGGCUGUCUUGACUUCUCACAGUGAGACACGUAAUCAGGCACACGGAGAGAGAGACGGACGGACCGACAGAGUGACAGAGAGAGAGAGAGAGAGAGAGGUAGGAACCAACCUAUGCAAGGCAAUGCGGUUCCCAGUACCAGCAGAGCUGGGAACUCUAUGGAAAUCGCUCAGGUUUUUAUUAGGGGUCCAAGCCUGAGGGGGCUGGGGUCCGUGUUUGCAAGGCAACGCGGUAUAUGCAAAAUCACAAUAUAUGCAAAACCUAGUUUUUCUAACUCCUCUUAGAUCAAGAGUCCUAUCUACAUGAUGAUUAGCAUGUAUAAUCUAUGGACCCUCGUGACAAAAAAUUAUCAAAGGAAUUUUGUAUGGAAGUUAUAGUAAAAAGACUUCCUGUAGGUUGCAGUCAAAACAGAGUUGCAUAACUUGUGAAUAAUUAAUCAGAUUUCCUGCAUCUGCUAAAUACAUCCCGUUCACAACUGCUUGCCGUUCUAGUUAUUAUUCUUCCUUCAAUAAAACUCAUACUGCAGCCUACACUGUACUGUACUUACGCAAGUGAAACUUUCAGGGGUGGUACAGACUGUGACACGUAACUCAGGCACCAAAUGGUACCACAGCCAUUUCUGCCUAGAUUGUUAUCAAAGUAAAAUCGCAAUUUAUCGUAAACCUAAAUUUUUUUAACCCUCCUUCCCCGAUCUGCACAAAACUUGGCACAUAGCAUUUCCAGAUGAAGCUGACAAAUAUAUAUCAAAAGAAUUUUGGUAGCUUUUAAAGAUGCUACGAACAAUAUUUAUAUAUAUAUAUAUAAUAUAUAAUAUAUAUAAUUUGUAGUUAGCAACCAUAACGCAAAACUUUACAUAUCUCGGCCAAAUUAAAUGCUAUCAACACAAAACUUAAAGCAACACUAUGUAACUUUUUGCCCUACAGGUUGUCUCAUUGGAAUAGUGUUGCUUUAAGAUCCUCAUUUGGCAUGACCCUCAAAUGCACUGGAACAAAUUUUGCGAAUAUUGGCCACUAGGGGCGUUAGUGAAUGCCUCAUCCAAUUUUUACGAGAGAGAGAGAGUGAGAGGGAGAUUGAGAGAGAGACAGAGAGAGAGUGAGAGAGAGGGCUUUGUGACCGUCGUGUGGAAAUAACACGUCUGGUAUGAAUGGCCAGGCGCGAUCCGGGACGCAUCUACACUUUGCGGGCUAUAUGCUAUGUUAAACGCCCGGUGUGUUUUCGCUGUAAGAGCUCUUAGAGGCAGGGAUGGAAGAUAACACCAUGUAGUUACUUACAUCACUCUCAUCAAUAUCAUCUUUAGAAUAGUCUAUAUCGACGACGUUUCAUGCCGCCGGAUAUUUCGUCAAUGGCCAGAUGUCCUUCACUUGAUGUUGAUUUUUUAGGGCUAUGGUUAACCGCUCCUCAAAUCUUUGCAGGGUAAAUCGAGACAGAUAGCUAGAAUCAGUCCAAUAUGAGUUUUCUGUUGCACGACUAAAACAACUUUUGAACACGUUCCACCAAAAUAAGUUCCUUCAUGAGGCUAUUUUUGCAGCGGCUCCAUUAUUGCGUCAGGUGCUCAGCGCCGCCCAAAACAAUUGUGAUUGGUUUAAAGAAAUGCCAAUAAACCAGAGCACAUUUUCUCCUAUCCCAGAGUUUUGUGUGGACAGUGCUGUGGAGGAAGGUCUGGCAAUAUGAGACUAUCUUCUAAUCUUAGUCAGCGCCCCUGGCCAAAGGCUGCCGGUAAAAGCAAAGAAGCACCCAGACCCAAACACUACCUUGUGGGCGAACACCUUAUAUUGGUGAAAAGUGAUCCUGAUUAAUCAGAACAAAAUCUGGGAGGAUGCCUUAUAUUACUGCAGAGAGCACCAGUGUGACCUGGUCUCCAUCACCAACCUCGACCAGCAGAGAUGGGUCCAAGAGAGAGCCAAGAAGGCCGACAGUCCCUAUGUCUGGCUGGGACCGCGCUACACCUGCACUCUGCAGUUCUAGUUCUGGGUCAGUGACGAGGUGGUCUGCUAUAAGAACUGGGACUCGCAUAAGACGGAUAAUGAUUGUGACAUGUCUGGAGUCAUGGACAGAGGAGGACAACAUAAGUGGUUCAAAAAGACUGACAAUGAGGAGUUUAAUUAGAUCUGUUCUAAGUAAAAACCCUUUACUUACUGGUAGCUGGCGUUUUAAUUAUUGUUUUCACUUUGUUUGCAGUUGUGUGACGUUGACACUAGUGAAUGGCAUUCUGGCAAAUGUAGGAAUUACAACCUAAGAGGGAGAGAUAUGAAAUAACUAACAGACUUUCUAACAGCAGAUUUUAAAUUGAGGGAAGAUUACUGAGGAUUACAGGUUUUUCUAUUUCCUGAUUCGCCUAAAUGAUCACUAAUUUUUAUUUUCUGAGGUAGUUAUAUUUUUUCUAUAUGAUUCAAAACUUGUAUCUUUCACCUAUAUUUAUGGCAGGAAAAGGAAGAAAUACACCAAUUCACAGUAUAGAGGUUUGAUUUUGCUUUCCCGCGUUCAACAUGGAACAUUUUUGGUGAAUAUCUGGUGAUGGUGAGAUUAUGUAAAAUGUGUG